GCAUUGCUGAUCCGCGCUGGUUCCCGUGCCCAAGUGUCUGGGGAAGCUUUCACAAGGGCCGCGCGCACAGCCACGCACCCGCGCCACCUGCCACACUGCCACGUCCACCCUAGGAGUAGCAACAGUCCUGUUUCCGCGAUCUCUUGGCUGUGUCGUCACCAACGCAUAAAAAGACCGACCUUUCCACUCUCAACCCCCUCGAUCAACUCUCCUCGUGAAUACCUGUUUCACCUACAACCAACCAACCAACCUCGCAACAACUCUCUUCUUUGGAUCAACAACAAGAUGGGCCUGAUGUGGACUAAGCAGUGGGGCGGCCGCCACGGCGGUGGUGGCAUCAUCGUCGACAAGAACGGCGUCCGCAGGGCUCCUUUCCGCUUCAGUCUCGGCAGGUUUAGCUGCUUCCGCUGAGCUGAGCUUCCAAUGUUCCCCCUGGAUACGACGACACCCCCAAACCUGACUUUGUUGGAAAAUCACAUAAAUGACUUUGACUUUGACGAUUAAAUGAGCAUUCAAUUUGAGCAUGCACCUGGGCGCAUGCAUGGUGGACCGGGCCCGACGAUGAGGUGGUUUUUGCUAAGAUACCCUGACACACAACCGGCAAGGAUCAAUAGCGUUGAGGAACAGAAGCUGAUAGUGAUAAUACGAAGUUGAACGAAGCAUGACACGGUGACAAAUGGCUAGACCUCCCGUGAACUCUCCAGGUGAA